GGCGGCUGUGCGUUAAGUGGCAGACACCAGGGGAGAGCCGGCAAGGGGCGGACCCCAGCGCCGGGAGUGACGGGGGCGCGCGCCGCCGGCUCCGCCCGGAGACUUCGAGCCCACGGGCGAGCCGGCCCGUCGUUGUCAGCGGCGGCAUGGUCUUCUGUCUGGAGAACGAGGAGCCGCGCCGCGCGCUGCGAAGCGCCAUGGUCCACUUCCAGGCCUCGGAAGUCCAGCAGCUGCUGCACAACAAGUUCGUGGUCAUCUUGGGGGACUCAAUCCAGCGGGCUGUGUACAAGGACCUGGUGCUCCUGCUCCAGAAAGACUCACUGCUCACAGCCGCCCAGCUGAAGGCCAAGGGGGAGCUGAGCUUCGAACAGGACCAGCUGGUGGCUGGGGGUCAGCUGGGCGAGCUGCACAACGGGACACAGUACCGGGAGGUCCGCCAGUUCUGCUCGGGUUCUGGUCACCACCUCGUGCGCUUCUACUUCCUCACCCGAGUUUACUCCGAGUACCUGGAGGGCGUCCUGGAGGAGCUGACAUAUGGGCCUGCUCCGGACCUGGUGAUCAUCAACUCCUGCCUCUGGGAUCUCUCCAGGUAUGGGCGCUACUCAAUGGAGAGCUACCGAGAGAACCUGGAGCGGGUGUUCAUGCGAAUGGACCAGGUGUUGCCAGACUCCUGCCUGCUGGUGUGGAACAUGGCAAUGCCGCUGGGGGAGCGCGUCACUGGGGGUUUUCUUCUACCUGAGCUCCAGCCCCUGGCGGCCUCUCUGCGGCAGGAUGUGGUUGAAGGGAACUUCUACAGUGCUACGCUGGCUGGGGACCACUACUUCGAUGUCCUGGACCUCCACUUUCAUUUCCGGCAUGCAGUACGGCACCGUCACCGGGAUGGUAUCCAUUGGGACCAGCAUGCCCACCGCCACCUCUCACACUUGCUUCUGACCCACGUGGCUGAUGCCUGGGGUGUGGAGCUGCCCAAGCGUGACUGCCCCCCUGACCCGUGGACUGAGGACUGGCCAGAGCCGGAUCAUCUGUUCCAGGGGAGCCAGGGGCAGCCCCCAGACUUCGGGGAGCAGCUGGCCUUGCCCCUACCCCCUCCCUCUCCCUUGCCCCCUCCCAUGCCUUUUCCCUACCCCCUUCCUCAGCCCUCCCCACCUCCCCUGUUCCCACCCCUGCCCCAGGAUGCCCCUUUUUUCCCAGGCCAGCCCUUCCCACCCCAUGAAUUCUUCAAUUAUAAUCCAACGGAAGACUUCUCAGUGCCACCCCACUUAGGAUGUGGCCCUGGAGUGAACUUUGUGCCUGGCCCCCUGCCACCUCCAGUCCCUGGCCCUAUCCCCCACGGUCAGCACCGGGGCCCGGUGGUCCACCGGGGGAUGCCACGCUGUGUUCCCAGCAACCCCUACCAUGUACCAAGGAUGGGGGGACCCUGCAGGCAGCGGCUCAGACACUCAGACAGACUGAUCUACACAUACAAACUGGACAGACGGCCUCCUGCCCAUUCGGGGACAUGGCCUGGGUAGACUGGAUCUUGGGCUGGGGCUGGAUAUGCCAGUGGCUCUGCAGGGCCUGCUUGCCACCCCAGGUGCUGGGCCAGUGUGUCUGCUAUGCCUGGUAUUGUUCUUGUCCAUUGCUGUCACCAAUAAAGGCAUGGAAGAACAGAGUGGCAUCUUCCUGUGUGAGGGAGCGGGCCUCCCAAACCAUGAUCUUAAGAGUUGGGGAGACUGCCUCUGGGCUCUUCCCAACUUUGGACCUUUCACCUCACACUAUUUAGAAAUCACUGAGUGCGUCCUUCCUGCUGUCUCAUACACUCGUUUCCAUCUUCACCACAACACACGUGUUUAACAAAGAUUCGGGAGAGGUUCCCUGUUGUCAGCAGCUUUUUGGGAUUGGGAAAUACCAAGGGCUGAGUUGAAAUUGUCAACAUCUUAUAUGGAAUUUUGGGUCUGGCUAGUUCUCACCUAUGCUAGUCUCAUUCAUGUGUACCUUCAAUAUUCAUCUACUCCUGGAGAUAGAAAAACACAUACCUUGCAGUUCUUGGCAUAUGAUGGACACUCAAUAAGUGGUUGGAACUAAAUAAGAAACUCCCAAACCCAAGUGGGAGAACAAUUAGAAACCCAUUAAGUAUCAUAAGUAUAAUAUGCAACAGCAGCAAAGUGAACACAGACCAAAUUCUUUGGUGGGACAGUAGAGGAGCAGAGGGGAAAUUCCAAAGUGGGGUAUAGGGGACUGUGCCAAAUUCCAUAACGAAGUUAAGAAAGAAUAUAGGGUCUCAGCUUUGAUGCGUGGUCUUGGUCCUAUGUUUGUAACUACUAAACAUGAGCCAUGUGGGCUAAAUGGUGGCGUGGGGUGGGGGACAGAGCAUAGCAGUGGACUGAUGUUAUGGGGCAGGAAAAGGAGGAAACAGACCCACUAAUAAGUAGAAUUGGAUAGAAGAGAAGGAUGCAGACUUCUUGCAUUAACUUUCUAUACUUGUUGAAAUUUCACCUUGGCAAAGGGUAUAUAACAUCUCACACAAAUGGAAAUAGACCAAAAAAGUGUUGAUCCUUUGCUAGCAAUUUUAAGUGCAAAUGAAAGAAAGCCGCUAAAUUAACACACACUGGUGCUGGGGAAACUGGUACAGUGGGUUAAUAAAGCCCUUUAGAGAGCAACCUCAACAGGGCAGUUUAGAAUAAAAUGUGACAGGUUGUAAAGGCACCAGCACGUGCCUGAAACAAGAUUGGUUUUCUUUGGUAUAGACAAAAAGUGGAAGGGAGCAUACAAAAAUGAAAGAAAGCUUUAUGUUAGGAAGAUAAGAUUUUAGGUAAUUUGUUUUUUGCAAAAAUUAAUUCUUUUUGUUAACAAAAACCCAUCCUUGGAGUAGCCUUCUUUAGCUGUAUCUGAUUUGCCCAAUCCCUUGUUUACUCCCUUCUGCCUUCAGAACCCAUCCUGUGGAUAUUUUGCAUCACUGAUGUUUCUCAGUGUUGCUGGAGAAAACUGUACACCUGGACUGAUUUACAGAAAAAAGUAAUAUGAGUUACCCAGCCUCAUGGGGCCCCUCUCUGUUGCUUGCCAUCUUGUUUCUAAGAAUUUUGUCACCUUCCUUAUUGAGUCUUUCCUAAGGUUUUCACUCCCUUCAAACCCCAUUCUGACUCUGGAACUUGCACUCUAAGCACCUCGAGACUGCACUAUGCUCCAUGUCCUUAUCAUUCUACCUCUGCAUCUAGUUUCUACCCCAUGUAUCCGUGUGGCUCCCAUUGCCCUGCUGAGGCAAUGUGGGACACUUUUCUUCAGUGUCCCACCAUACAUUUGAAAUCAAUGAAAAGAGUAGAAUGUGAUAAAUUUUCAGUUUGUUGUCAUGUAAGCAUACAGUACAAGACACUUGACUCUUGUGUUGUAGAUUUUAUUCAGUCGUGACUGGGAAACAAGAAACUUAAAAAUAUCCACAUACAAGUCAUUACAUACAUUUAAAUUGUUUCCUGGCCUUUGUUUUGAGAUGUAAGAAUGAUGAAAAUCUUAUGUCUCUCCAGUAUGUAGGCACACUGCUAGUUAAGCAUGACAGAACUCAAACUUCAUCUCAAAAACCACAUUUGACUAUUAAUAAAUAAUAAAACAAUCUUAGUUUCCCUCUCAUCGUGGAAUCUGGGUUUUUAAAGAAUGAUUCCAGUAACCUUUCCUUUGCCAUACCAAGAUAUUCCUGAAAAGAGUAAAAAAUGCAUGAGCACUUUAGAUGUGACACCAGCCUUUAUUUUCUGGGGGCGGUUGGGGGUGGAGGUGGAGAGUUUUUUAAGAAAAUAAAAUUAGAGGAGUUUUUUUCCAAAAUAUUUUAAACUGGUAGUUUCCCAACUAAAACAGGUAACUUGCCUUCUGUUACACUACCCAGUUUCUUGCAUAGAUUGUGUGUUGAGUUUAACUACUUAGUGUUUAAGUACACCUAUGUAUGUCGGUGAAAGAUAAACUCUUUGUGAUUGCAAGGAAAUACAAUAUAUACCUACUGCUUUGUUGAGGUGUAAUUGAGACAAUAAACUGCACAUUUCAAAUGUACAAUUUGAUAAAUUUUGACAUGUAUACAUCUGUGAAACCAUUAUCACAAUCAAGAUAAAAUUUAUUCUUCCGUCUUUUAUAAUCCCUUCCCAGUCCCCUCCCCACCACCUCCUUACAUUUCCCGACUCCCAUCCCUAAGCAACUAUCGAUACUGAUCUGCUUUCUGUUACUGCAGAUUAACUUGCAUUUCCUAGAAUUUUAUAUAAAUUGAAUCAUUUAAUAGGUACUCAUCAUUUGGCUUCUUUCACUCAAUCUAAUUAAUCAAAUUAAUGAAACAACAUGGAAAUUCAUGUUGUGUGUAUCAGUAGUCCAUUCCUUUUUGUGGCUGAGUAGUAUUCAUUAUAUGGCUAUACUAACAUUUAUUUACCAUUCCCCUGUUGAUGGGCAGUUGAGUUAUUUUCAGUUUUUGGAUACACAAAUAAAGCUGCUAUGAACAUUUAUGUACAAAUCUUUGUAUGGACAUAUGUUUUUAUUUCUAUUGGGUAAAUAACUAGGAAUGAAAUGGCUGGAUGAUAUGGUAGAUGUAUGUUUAACUUUUUAAGAAACUGCCAAACGAGUUUCCAAAGCGGUGGUCGUCCCAGUUUACAUGCCCACCAGCAGUGUAUGAGGAUUGCAGUUCCUCCACAUUCUUGCCACACUUGGCAUUGGUCAGUUUUUUUAAUAUUACCCAAUUCUAAUAGGUGGGUAAUAUGAUUUUAAUUUGUAUUUCCAUAAUGACCAAUGAAGAACAUCUUUUCCUGUGCCUGUUUACGAUCUAUACAUCUUUUUUGGUAAAGUUUCUGUUCAAAUUGUUUGUUCCUCCUAUCGCCUGACCCCUCUUAAAACUUGCUAUUGGGCUUCGAGAGUUCUUUAUUCUGGAUCCAAGUUCUUUAUCAGAUGUGUUUUGCAGAUACUUUCUCCCAGUCUGUGGCUUGUCUUUUUCUUAACAGUGUCUUUUGAAGAACAAAACUUAAAUUUUGAUCAAGGGCAGUUUAUUAAAAUUUUCUUUUAUGUAUUGGUGUCAUAUUUAAGAAAUCUUUGCUUAACCCAAGGUCACAACUGUUUUCCUCUGUGUUUUAGUCCAGAGGUUUAUAGCUUUCAGUUUUAUAUUUAGGUCUAUGGUCUAUUUUGAAUUAAUUAUUUGCAUGUGGUGUACAAUAUGAAUUGAAUUUUUUUUUGCAUUUGAAUAUCCAAUGCUUCCAGGACUAUUAGUUGAAGACUAUCCUUUCUUCACUAAACUCCCUUUGCACCUUUGUUGAAAUUAGUUGUGCAUAUAUGUAUUGACCUAUUUCUGGACUCUGUUCUAUUGAUCUAUAUGUCUAUUUUUAUAUCAAUACCAUACUGUCUUGAUUACUAUAGCUUUAUGAUAAGUUUUGAAGUCAGGUAGUGUUUGUUCUCCAACUUUGUUCUCCUUUAUCAAGUUAUUUUAGCUAUUCGAAGUCCUUUACAUUUCCAUAUGACCUUUAAAAUGCUUGUUAAUUUCUGCAAAAAUUCUGGGAUUUUGAUUGUGAUUGUAUUGAUGGGAAAAAUUGUCAUCUGAACAAUAUUGAGUUAUCCAACGCAUCAGCAAGGUAUAUCUCUCCAUUUGUUUAGGUCUUCUUUAAUUUCUCUCAGCAAUAUUUUGUAGUUUUCAGUAUACAGAUUUUUCAUAUCUGUAGUCAGAUUUAUCCCUAAGUGCUCAUAUUUUUAUUGUAAAUUAUAUUGUUUUAAAAUUUCUAUUUCUGAUUAUUCAUUGCUAGUACAGUGAAAUACAAUUGAUUUUUGUAUACUGACCUUGUAUCAUAACCAUG